AUGAGCUGGCGAGCAUAUAACAUCUCUAUUACGCUGCAGGACAUCCCAACUUUCUUCGAACUAGCGUCCCUUCCUGAGCCCCAUGUACCUGCAGACAUGCUGCAAAAGCUUGAAGCCGACGAUGCAAAUGACUUUGGUGCCUGUCGCACCAUCGCAGCAAUGGACCUUGUGAUGAAUCCUGUUCCUGCAGAACAAUGUGCUGUAAGCGAUUUCACCGUCCGUCUUUUUGACAUGGCAAAGACGGACGUAUGCUUGUUGAUGAAUGGAUCGGAGAUCAUUCUUCUAGUCCAUGAAGAUAAAAGGAUCAUGGAGAAGGCUGGAGACCCUGAGGCACAGCUCAUUGCUGGGGCGAUAGCCACUUUCCAGAGCAACAAUAGGAAGCGUGCCCUCGCCGGUGUUCCGGUUCACGAUGCCUGCCUCAUUCCUGGGAUUGUCAUGAUUGGCACCGCUCCUACCUUUUACAAAAUACUCGUUACAAAUGGGCUUGCAGAUGCAAUUGCAUUCGGCAUCUUUCCUCCUGACUCUACUGUGGUUCAUCGCUGCGUUCCUUCCGUCCCUCGCCCUAUGCGUUGUCUUAGCGAAAAAAUGAAACCAUUGGACAAUCGUGCCAUAGCCCCUUGA